AUGGAAAAAGGAACUGAAGGAAAUCAACGACCGAGGUUACCAGGUUUGCAUACGUACAGUAUCGAUGGUAGCCCAUACCAGCAACAGCAGCAGCAGCAGCAGCAGCAGCAUCAACGGUUUGCCACUAGCCAUUCGUUGAGCCAGCAACAAGCUUCAAAUCAGCAUCACCAAGAGCUCCAACAACUCCAACGGUUGCAACAGUUGCAACUGUUGCAGUCUUUGUUGCAGCAACAGCAAUCACAGCCGGUUCAGAAUCAUCUUCAUUUCAAACGACCACCACUGCAGCCGCACAUCAGGCAUUCGAGGCGCCCAUUGAACCUUAGUGCCAUGUCCUCCUUGACAUCCUUAUCUGCUUCCACCAAUACCAAUAAUAAUCGUCGUGAGGUCCCGUAUGGUUUGAAUUCAGAUCUCCGAACACAACUCUUAUUAUCUCUAGCCAAAUCAAAUGGCUCUCAGAACCCUGACCUUCUUCGAGCCCUGGAAAAGCGAAGCAUGCUUGACAAGGCAUCAGCACUGAACGAGAUUGAAAUCAUAAAAGCUCUAGGACAAGAACAACCACAACAGCAACCACAACAGCAACCACAACAGCGAUCAGGUCAAAAGAACUACAACAACCACAACAACGCUAGCUCUUCCUUCCUUCGCAUUAUUCCACAGCAAAAUGGUGGUGGUGGUGGUGGUGGUGGUGGUGGAAGCUCAUCACAGAGCGAUGAACAGAUGCAUCCUUCUAGUUUUGGAUCGAAUGAUUCUGAUUCCUCAGGACAAUACAUUCGCCUAGACUCGGUUGCCAGGACCAUGUCUCCAAUAUCGGAUGAGGCAAAUACCAGGUCUGAUGACUCUGCAGAUCGAACUCACGCGUUUUCAGUUCGGACUCAAUCAGAUCGGACCCAGUCAGUAUCAGAUGAUCGGACUCAAUCAGGAUCAGAUGAUCGGACUCGAUCGGUAUGUGUCCCCUUGCAUUUAGCUGCUGCUGCUGCUGCUGCAGGGGAAGAGGGUAGCAAUGUGAGGGAUUUGAGAAUGGUACAAGAUAGUAGAUGGGAGUCUCGUUUCGGAGCACUCCUCGAAUUCAAACGCGAACACGGUCACUCCAACGUCCCCCGAAGGUACAAAGGCAAUCCCAAGCUCGGUGUCUGGGUCUGCAGUGUGCGUCAGCAGAUGGCCCGUGGAACUCUCAACAAGGCCAAAAUGGAACGGUUGAAUCAAAUUGGAUUUCAAUGGCGACUAGCAGUUAUCAAAGGGGGCCAAAUCAAUCCUCAAAUUGUGGCCAAGAGUAGCGAUGAUCAUUGGAUGGAUAACUUUGAGCAGCUUGCAUCCAUCAAGGAGCGUAUUGGAACCUGUAUCGUUCCAGCCUCGAAUUACUCGCUUUGCAAAUGGGCCAGCAAACAACGAAGAGAAAUGAGAAAGGGUAAGCUUUCCAUGGAAAAGCAAGAAAAGUUGAAUUCCAUUGGCUUCCAAUGA